CCGAUAACCAAGGGUAAGGUAAGAUUGGAAUCAAAUGCAUCCAUGUCAUCAAAUGUCAAUUGAGGCAAGUGUCAAAGACAGACAGACACCCAGCUGAACGCCUACCUGCCCUCGCGGCUUGUCAGAUCAAUUUUGCACAAUUCCUGCUCACCGACAGGUUGUUCCUGCCCUUGACCCUUGAAACCUGUUUUGUCUCGCUGCAGCCACCAUCGCUUUAGGGUCACCAAUCCAUGCUAUGUUCAGGAUACAUUUAAUUCCAUCCCAAGCUGUUUAGCGGCGGCCUUGAGAGUCAUUUGUCAUUGUCAAUAACAACCACAUAUCAACAACCGCGUGCGACAAAUUGAAUACCAAUACGGUUGUUGGCUGUCUCAACUACAAAUAAACAAACAAACAGUCACAUCAACAGAAAAACCAUAGCCAUCUGCGAGUCUCUGGUACUGUAUUCAACAUGGCCCAAGCUAUCCACACCCUGCGCCACUCACCCGAAGUGCAAGCCUUCCCGACAGGGUUGGGAAGUGCGGUCAAAUAUGUCGGUGAGGGAAUGGCAAACGUUGUCUUUAGCUUCCCCGAGGCUCAGGACUCGAUGCGUGACUUGCUUAUCCGGGUACCCAAAGAUGUGACGGGGGACCAUGAAGAAAUUCACAAGCAUUGGUGCGAGAACGUCUAUCCAUUGUUUGAGUCGAGGGAUCUAGUCCCUCAGUACCUUGUCAAAAUUGAGGGACAAGAUGACAUAUUGGUUAGGCUGAGGAGUGAACUCGAGGCAGCCGAAACCAAGGGACAACGAAAAUCAAAGAUGAAGGGGACUAAGAUCAAAACUGACAUUCGCACUGCAAUGUUGAUACAUGAUAUGCGUCCAAGGAACGACAACGAGAUACUCAUAGAGUUCAAGCCAAAGUGGCUGGAGCAGUCGCCCACUGCGCCCAAGGAUGCCACCAGAUGUCGCAACUGCGCGCGAGAGGCCUACAGAAACAACAAAAAGGGCACCGGUGAUUCGAUUCUCUGUCCUCUGCGCUUUAUGGACAGAGCCGGCGAAGUGUCGAUGGCACGGGUCAAGGAGUUCAUUACCAAGGGUCUGGGUAUUUCAUCAGGCUCGCCGGCGGCGAUCACGCUGGAAAAGUGGCUUCGGGAAAACACCCUGCUCCCGCAUCUCCACGAUGCUCAGGUAUCCAAUGAUAGCACUGGUGUCUUGGAACCCAAAGACCAGUUCAAGCUGGGCCUCGCCAUGACGCUACGCGACUGUACUUGCUAUGUUCGACUCUCUCGCCAGGGUAGUAGCAUUGAGAAGGUGGAAGCAAGGCUGGGAGAUUUGGACCUGAAGGACCAGACUACCAAACUUGACUACUGGAGGGACAUGGAGCUAGAGCUGCAGGAACAGGGCUACUAUUUGAGCAAUGAAAAGCCGCAGCAGAAGACAGACUGUCUGUUGUCGUAGCAAUACUUCUUUUGACUCUUAGUAUAGUUAAUAUAUAUAUAAAAAGAGCUGCUCCAUAGACGAGCAAACACUAAGUUCCUGUUGUAUUAAAACAAUAAAAUAACAAUUCCU